CCCAUAAAAUAGCUUAAAGAUACUAGCCUGUGACGCGGAAUAGGCAGACGACUUGCAAUUCAUUAUGUUAAGCUCGGAGGGAAAGCACUACAUAAAGACGUUGUGCUCUGAUUCUCAUCCGGAUAGCUGCUCCUAUUUUACUGUAUUGGCUCGGCUUCGAGGUAGGGCAUUCAAAUAUGUCGCCAACCUUAACCACGAUCCCUCACGAGACAUUAUGCUCAGUAGUCUCUUACCUACUGCUACCGGAUCAGUCGACUCUGGCACGGACGUGCAAGUCUAUCGGUGUCGUGCUCACCCCCAUUAUCUGGAGCGACAUUGAGCUACACCACAGCGGCACACAUGAGGGAAUUGACAUCGAAGGAGAAAUCGAUGCUUUGGGAUACGACGACGAGAAAGAACGCAUGAUAGAAGCUACAGCUGAUGACCCUAUAUACCCCUAUAAGCGGCUGGUGUUCGAAUCUUCUCGACGCAAAUAUGCCCAGUGCCAUUUCGAUCUACAAAAGUGGCAGGAGACUUUCUGGUCUCGGUCCCGUAGGGAAAAUAGGUUCGGAAGGGCGACAAAUAAUUGCAAUCGAAGGAACUUUCAGUUUGGUAGGGAGGAGAAGUUCGUGAAUGUCUAUAAACUCACUUCUCGAGAGCGCUGGGCAGAGCUGACACAGCAUGUCCGCUCGCUGUGUAUAUCCAUUGGCGUCGACAACGAUGUGGCAAAGGUACUUGCGAGCUUUCGCAACCUGAGAUCUUUGGAGCUCGUCGGGUUGCCUUUGGAGCAAGGUCACCCACUAACUGCGCCACUGAUGGUAUUCCCAGCACUGCAGAAUCUCAAGCUUCGCGGGUACUUCGGUAUAGCUCUAGUGAGAGAAAUAUGCAGUAAUGCAGAACACAUCAAGUAUCUCGAUCUGGGCUUGCUCGCUACAGCUAAAGAUGACGAGCCGUACAAGCCUAACUUACUAGCGAACGACAGCAACGAUAAUCGAGACAUCGUGUUCGAGCAAGAAGCUGAACACUACCAGAAAAUUGGCGUUGAGUCGGCUGCCCUUGCUCUUCAAGCAGCCGAGAACGGAGAAAGUAACGGGGCUACUGAGCCUGACAAUGAAGAGCAAGAGGAGUGGGAAGAAGAAGAAGAAGAAGAAGAAGACGACGAAGAGGAGGGGGAGGAUGAGGAAGAAGACGACGAGAGGAUGCCUUGGGCUUUACACGCACCAAUCUGGCUUCCUAGAUCUCUGCCAAUACGAUAUACUCAGCUCACCCAUCUCCACCUAGUAAAACCAUACACAGGCGAAACUGACAAUGAUAUGUCUCACGACCAUUUUGAACACAUUCCUCAUCAGUAUGAGCAGGUUCUCUGCCUGGAAUGGGAAACACUUCUGCGAGGCGUUGGAGGGACAUUACAGGAACUCAUUCUCGAGCACCGCAUACCUGUCGAAGAAGGGGAUACCGUAGGCGAUGGAGACUUGGUCCCUAGGGCUAAGGGAGGCAAUCGUCAUGGAUGGAAUCCCUUCUCGUCCACUAGUCCUGACCGUGGAGAUAAACUAUUCUGUAGAUCCGUAUUACGGCUCCUCCUGGAACAGAGCGACCGAUUCCCCAAGCUCGAGCGUCUUGCUUUUCGGGGUAUCCAAAUCAAAGGCCUCCGCACCCAGACAGGAGCCGUUGAAGUUCCAGGAAGGAAUGGAGUGCCCGACAAUGACGAAAGGUUACGCAACAUGUAUCCCAAUUGCGAUAUCGAAAUCUUCGAGGACUCAUAUCCAAUCCACGUUUAUGCAGGCUACGUGUACCAGAGUUGGCCAGAGUCUCGGCACGAAGCAAUGCAGGACGAGGGAGACGGGCUCAUGUGGAAUUUGGCCUACUAUAACGACUAUAGAAAGAGAUUUGGACCUCAAUGGCAUUUGGCAGGCUAGAUUACUCCAGACAGUGAACCUUGGUUUCUAUUUCGAGGAAUAUGGGCAACUGAAAACCCGGUUGUGCUCUUAAGCAUGGGCGAUUUAAUACCAUUUAUGGUUCUAAAUGCUAAACUUCUAGUCUUCAAGGCAUUCGUUUUGGGCCGAAUGCUCCAGGAUGCUAUAUCACCGCGGCAAU